AUGACAUCCCCGAACCGACUUCGCCUGGGUUGGAUAGGCCUUGGGUCAAUGGGCAUGGCCAUGGCUACAAAUCUCCAAAAGCACCUCAGCAAAACAUCUUCGCCCAGCCUCGUCUACCACAACCGCACCAUGUCACGCGGCGACGCUCUGCAAGAUUUGGGGGCCAAUCCGUCUGCUUCUGUGGCCGAUCUUGCCAGCAACGCAGACAUCAUCUUCCUGUCCCUCAGCGACGACAGUGCCCUCGACUCAGUGAUCAGUUCUCUGUCUGGUCCUGGGUGCGCGGCGGACAUGUCCGGCAAAAUCGUCGUCGACACGUCCACUGUCCACCCAGACACUACGGCCGCGGCGCAUCAGCGUCUGACCAAUGUCGGCGCCAAAUUCGUUGCUGCGCCUGUCUUCGGCGCUAGUCCUGUGGCCGCCGAGGGGCAGUUGCUCUUCAUUCUCGCUGGCCCUGAUGAUGCGGUACAGGCUCUUGAACCGUUUCUUGUUGGUGUCAUGGCUCGAAGUGCCAUUCGUCUGGGCGAAGAUGUGACCAAGUCCAGCCUCCUGAAGACAGCCGGCAAUUUUGUGACAGCAGGUAUGAUGGAAGUAGUUGCCGAGGCUCAUGUUUUUGCCGAAAAGACUGGUCUCGGAAAUGAAGCCAUGGAGGCGCUGCUGGAGCAGCAAUACGGCCCUCUGGCAUACUCCAUGUCCCGCCGCCUCACGACUGGGGCGUACAUGCCCCCACCAGGGGAGAGGCCAUGGUCAGAUCUCAAUCUCGCAAUCAAAGACGUCGGGCAUGGAAUUAGUGCUGCCUCUGCGACGGGUGUGAGGCUGCACGUGGGUGAGGUAGCUAUCAGGCACCUCAACGAAGCGAGGACGAGGGACAGGCCGCUGGACUCUUCUUCCAUGUAUGGCGUGCUCAGAGAAGAGGCCGGCCUGGAUUUCGCCACCAAUCUCAUCAAGAACAGAGACAAUGUCCAAUAA